CUGUGUGUAGCUGUCAGUUGGCUGUCAUUUCCAAUUCACGUAAUCAGAGAAAAAAAACACCUUUUGCGAUAUUUUUCUUUAAAAUAAACUGCCAAAAAGAUGGCAAAUGCUCUUCGAUUCGCUCGCGGCCUUAGCACCGUGCGCAAUGCCCUCACUACGAGCUCCCGCAAUGUCCGCUUGAUCUCGACAACGCCGAAAAAACAGGAUACCCUUGCUGCUGAUACGGCUCCAAAGACCGUCGAGGAUUUCGCGAAUCCGUCAAAAACAAAGAAUUGGGUCUCCUUUGGAUUCGACACGAAAGACCAGGAAUUCGAUAAAAAUACGAUGCAUGCCUCCUUCUUCUUUUCCGUGACGCUUUGUUUGGUAUUUGGAGCCUUCGUUUGGGCCUACGCUCCAGAUCCCUUGCUUCGUGAUUGGGCACAACGGGAAGCCUUCUUGGAGUUGCGAAGACGCGAAGCAGCCGGCUUGGAACCUGUGUCACCGGACUACGUUGAUGUCUCUAAAAUCCACUUGCCGAGCGACGAGGAGUUGGGCGCCAUGGAUAUCAUCAUUUAAAAAAAAAAUAUUUUAUCAUUUAUCAGGUGAAUUCGUAAAAAAUAACAAUAAAAAAAUGUAGAAAAUCCGAAUAAAUCGAGGUUUUAUUGCGAAUAAGCU